CCCGACCCGCGUGAAGCGGCUCCGCAGAAACCCGACCCCGGCCGGGCCGAAGCCUUUCUCACUAUUUAUCCAUUUAUUUAUUGAUUUAUAGUUUAUAAAUUACUGUGACCAGUUCGAGGCUACUCAGUACGAGAGAGAAACGGAACAUCUGGAGCGGGUCCAGCGGAGGGCAACAAAGAUGUUUAAGGGACGGGAGCAUCACUUUCGCGAGGAAAGGCUGAGGAAGCUGGGCCUGUUCAGCCUCGAGAAAGAGACGACUGAGAGGGGACCUCAUCAAUGUAUAUAAGUAUCAAAAGUGGGAAGCGUCAAGAGGAUGGAGCCAGGAUCUGCUGGGAGAUGCCAAGCAAUAGGACAAGAGGCAAGAACACUGAUGAACAGGAAAUUCCCUCCAAAGAUGAGGAAGAACUGCUUUCCUGUGCAGAAAUGAUGGCAGAGGAUUUGGAAAAAUUUAUUGAAGACCAGAAGGCCAAGUUGGCACAAGAUAAGGCAGAACUUGAAAAUGAUCCACCUUACAUGGAAAUGAGGAGUAAGGAAUCAGAGAAGCUUUCUGAAACUAGCAAGAUGUUAAUCUCCAUGGCUAAAGAAAAUAUACCUCCAAAUAGUCAACAGAACUAUUCUUUAGGUGACUAUGGCGUGAGUUUGCCUCUUGGAGAAGAAUAUGAACGAAAAAAACAUAAACUCAAAGAGGAACUUCGACAAGAUUACCGGCGAUAUCUUUCUCAGGGAAUUUCACAGGCAAAAAGAAAGAAAAAUUAUCAGACUACUGAUGAAGUAGAUCCAUAUACUCAGGGAUUAUCUCUUCCUAUUGAUGAGCGAAGAUCUGCCAAGGAGAGAUUACGACUUGAAAGAAACAAGGAGUACAAUCAGUAUCUCAGGGAUAAAGAAGAAUGGAAUGAAAGGCUAAGGAAAUUAGGGAAGAAAAACAGAGAGAAUGAGAUGCGCAGGAAUAAAACACCUAUUGCUGUUACCAGGCUCCAGCCAGAAUUACAUACAGAAGUCCAGCCCUGUGAUACAGGUGCAGAACCUCCCAAGAAGGAUGCUUUUACUUCCACAGAAGGUCGUGAAGAGUUGCUAAGUAAGAGAUGGCUGCAGGAAGACAGGUACCACAGGUUAAAUGAUGAGGUUGAAUUGAGAAGUCGACUAUUAAAUAAAAGAUUUGAUGAGGAUUUGUAUGUUCCCAAUCAAAGACAUCAUGGAUUUGCUAGCCAAUCUAUAAUUCCUACUAGGAAGCAUCACAAAAUUGAUGAAGAUGGUGAUUUUGGUAGAAGAUACUACAGAGUGGACUAUGAUCCCGAGACAAAUGCAGAAGUGGACCCUAGAUUUAGAUCUGAAAGCACCUAUGACAGAAAAACUCCCCGGGGUUUUUAUGCUGAAAGGCCCUAUCUGAAUGGAAUGGUAAGAGAUGUACCUGCAGAUUAUGAAGAUGAAUUAAAGGAGAGAGCACGUGUGCGGCCGUUCUCAAGAGCUGGAGAUUCUAGAAAUCAGAUACAGAUUAGCUCUUCAGCCAGUGAACUGGCCAAGUCUGCAGGUGAAAUGAGAUAUGCAACAGGCCUUGUUCUUGGUGGUCAGGACCGAGAACUUCUUCAGAGGAGAAAGGAGAAAUACAGGCAAGAACUAAUGCAACAGAUGGCUGAGCAACAGCGGAAUAAGAGACGUGAGAAGGAACUUGAGCUCUCAGUUGCUGCCUCUGGAGUUCAAGACCCAGAAAAGGAGCCAAAUAGAUUGAAGCAGUUUGGCUUCACAGGAAGAGCUAUUGAAGAGAAGGUACCUCCUGAAAGGCCCAGGGUGGCUUUCCAGACUCCAAUGCCAGCCCGUUCAGCCUCUCCAGUGAAUGAAGAUUCGCAGAGUGAUAAAGACUUUCAGAGGGGUCUAGUCAGCAGUCUUGGGGAAAUGGUAGCUCCCAGGCUUGCACCGUUGCCACCGCCUCCACCACCAGUUUUGACAGACAACUAUAAAACACCUUAUGAUGAUGCUUAUUACUUUUAUGGGGCUAGGAAUCCUUUGGAUCCUGCUCUUGCAUACUAUGGUACAGGAAUGAUGGGAAUGCAACCCACACCUAGUCUGGAUCCUCCUUUAGGCCAAGCUCCAGUAGAGCAGCCUGUAAGUAAUAUUGGACAGAGGAAUACAGGAGACAGACAAAGAAGCAGAGGAGUGUAUUCUGAAGAAAAAACAAAGCCUUCCAAAGAGGCAACAUUAUCUUAUCAACAGGAAUUACAACAGCAGAUAAGAGAGAGAGAAGAGCGACGCAGACAAGAGCGAGAGGAGAAGGAGAAGUUAGAAGCAGAAAUGAAGAAUUACAAUCCCUGGGGAAGAGGUGGUGGUGGUGCUCCUCUCAAAGAUGCAGAAGGAAAUCUGAUAACGGACUUGAAUGUCAUGCACAAGCGAAAUGAAGAGGCAUAUCAUAAUCCAGAGCCAAGACCAUAUGAAGAUAAAAGGGCUGUUGUUGACCUAAAUUUGGCCUCUUCGAGACCUGAGAACUCAGAAGCAUCUACAAAUAAAAUAGCAGGUAUUACAUUUGCACAGGCCUCUCCUUUUGCUCGAGGUAAUGUAUUUGGUGAACCUCCAUCUCCAGAGCAGCUUAAGCGACAGGAAUCCUACAAGAACUUCCUGCGUCUACAGAUUGAAGAAAAGAGACGUAGGGAAGAAGCAGAGCGAGAAAAACUUAGAAUAGAAGAAGAAAAAGAGGAAAAACGACUCGCAGAGCAGAGGAUGAGAAUUCAAAAAGCAUAUGAAGAGGAACUAGAGGAGAGAAGGAGGAAAGAUGAGGAGCGAAGAUUGAAAAAUAAAGAAGUAAUUCAAUUAGAUGAAGUAAGGAGAAAAGAGGCAGAAAAACAACAAAAAGAAAAAGAAGAAAAGCAAGAGGAACAACUUAGACAAUAUUUUGAGAAAGAAGAGGUGGAAGAGGAAAAGAAGAUGUUGUCACGACAAUCUUCACCCGUCAUUCCCGCUCUGCAGAACAAAUCAACAAGAAAAGAGGAGAGGAUUCCCUCUGCUGAGAGCCGCCUGUCUUACUAUGCACAAGAUCCUCCACAGCCCAGAGCUCCUUCUCCACCUGUCCCUGCUAGAAGAAAUCAGCUGCGUUCAUUAGAGGAAAGGAAGAAUGUGAUCAAUGAAUUAUCAGAGAUGAGGAAACAGCUUCGUAGUGAAGAGAGGCGACUGCAGGAGCAGUUGCUAAAUGUGGCCAGUCAUGAUAAUGUACCAAUUACACGCAGGAGGAGAGAGAAGAAUCCAAGGGACAUAUUUGAGAUGGCCAGGCUUCGUCUGCAGGCUCCGGUUCGGCGACCUUCCUUGAAGGAGGCACAAGAUCCUGUCAAUGUACAGAAUAUCUGGGAGUUUAAUGAACUUAAAUACAAAGAUCCUGAAACACGUAUGGUCUUGAGGCACAUGUAUCCUGAUCCUCCAAAAGAUGACCAGACUCUAGAGAUUCAACAGCAGGCACUGUUGAGGGAGCAGCAGAGGAAACUUGACAAAAUGAGAAUGAGGAGAGAAACAGAAGAUGAGCUGGUGUUCAAGCAAUGUGGGCCAUAUUGCUGGUGGAUAAUAGAACAUCACAGCUGCAAAUAAGCACAUCUGUAUCACAUGCUGUGUUAAUGAUAUGGUUGUGAGUAUCUUUUAAUGCCUAAAUGGAAUGUGUAGGCUUGACUUCAGUCUUCCUCUUUAUGAGAUUGACUGAAAUGCUGAAAAAUAAUUCACUGGCUUCAGCUGAGAUCUCUCUGGGGCUUGGUUCUGGUUUUCUGACAUUAGAAUAUUUUUAAUAGACCAGUCUGAGAAAGUUUUCAUUUACUGUUUUCUGCAGAGAAUCCUCCACCAUCUAGAAAGCAAAUUUGCCUUUUCCAUUAAUUUCAAGCACAUGGAGUCAUUGAGACUUCUGCUUAUAGAUAAUGUAGGCUUCCAUGAUGACAUCUGAGAAAAGGCCUCUUCAGGUUAGGUUAGAUUAGUUGAUACACAGGCAGCUGAUUUUUAUAAGUAUUUUCUACUGAUGCUUCUAGAGGCUCCUUAAACAGCUUUUUCUUUUUCUCUCUCCUACUGCUUAACAACAUAAUUUAACUUUGUAGUCUGUCACUGAGUACCUAGCAAGAGAAUUAGUUGCCAUCUCUCUGUUUCCAGUUUGUUUUCUUCAGAGACAAAUACAUCACCUUCCUCUUGCUGAAAACAGAUGAGUGGUUUUAUUGUCUGAUUUAAGGCAGAAAGAAAGAUGGAUUAAAGCAGGAUGUACUUUUAUACUGUGGGUGAAAUAAUGUGUUAUGGCUGUUGUGGCAAAGGCAUACCUUCUUUCCCACAUUAUGUGUAAGUGUUUUUUGCCUUACAUGUUUUUUAUACAGUUUUCCCUCUGCUCUGUUUGUUUUUUUCUUUAUGUGAAAGAGGAAUAUGUUGACUGUUAAUGAAACUAUAAACUGAGAAAUCAAUGUUUUAAAUAUGCCAAGUUUUUAAAUGCUAGCUGUGUCUCUGUAAAGGAGGCAGUGUUUUGCAGACUUCUGGAUGAUUAUUAUUCUGGGGGAUGUGAGGGAAAGCCCCAGGAGCAGGUUUGAUGUUGUUGUGCUGCAGUGCUGGGUGCUCACACUGGAGCAGUGUGACAGGAGUGGGCUGGGCGUCAGGCCAGGAGGACUGACAGUGCUCUGAUGCUGGACAGAAGGUCAGCUACACACUGAGUAAAGUGCUGUUUCUUGCAUCUCUGCCUCAAAACCAAUCUGUUGAAAUACUUUGUUUGAAAAUUUAAACUAAAUAAGAAAAGUAACUUCAGUUCUGCUUCUUUGCAUUUCCAGCAUGCAUUGGGUGAUUGUUAGCUUAACUUUCAGGAUGGUUCUCUGUGCUCUCCAGAACUGAGAUUUUUAUCCUGAGAUUAAAGCACAUAAAUUCUUAUCACUCUCCUCUGUGAAAUGAUCUCUGUCAGGAUCAACUUCUCUUUGAAGGCUGGAAGUGUGGUGUGCUUAGCAUGUUGAAUGUACAUUUACUCUUGGGGCUUUCUGCAGUCCCUGCUGUGGUUGUUAUUCCCUGCCAGGAGCCAAAACACAGAUUAGAAGUAAUAAACUACAGAUUUCUGUUUGAUUUCUCUGAUUCUAUUUAAAUUUACAUAAGGAAACUGGAAUAAUUGUUGCAUUCAAACAUUUUAAAAACCCAUUCCUUCAGCACAAUUUAUGUAUAUUUAAAGAUGUAAUGCAUACUGAUCUUAAUUUUUGC